AUGACCACCAGUCUUAAGCGCAAAGCUAGUCAAGAAUUAACUCACAACUCGAUAGAGGUUAUUGAGUCGAUUCAAGGGGAAGAAAUGUUCGAGACUAUAAUGGGCUGGUUUUGGGGUGCCCUAGAAUGGCUUCGUAGAAGGGUCGAUCCGUCAUACACAGAUAUGACCUAUAGUAAUAUUGAUGACGAACAUAUCCAGAGGGCAGAAGCGAGAGAAGAUGGGUCCACGGCAGUCAAGCGGCAGAGAAAUGAAUCAAAGAAUGGCGCGCACACGAGAAACUCAUCACAUCAACGAAAAAUGAUACCAACAAAUACGGAUCAAACGGAUAGCUUGUCGGAAGAAGAACUGAGAGCAAAGGCCGAUGCACAAUGGAUCCCGCCAGCGUUUGGUGCACCUACAAAACCAGUGGAACGGGAAGUCAUAGUCAUUUCAGAUGAUGAAGAUGAAGUCGAAGAGGGCAGGCCAAGAUCAAUAGCGGAUGCGCUGCAAUCGCAGCGUUCACCCAGGUCUCCACCCAUACGUCUACAACCGAUGAGACUACAGAGACGCACAUCUGCAGUUCAGGAUGGGGGUUCUUUACAUGAGCGUUUGGCAGAUUUAUUGACCCUAGAUGAUGAUAAAGAGGAUGAGACCGGACGCUCGCCAUUUGCUAUUUCGACGCGAGCUCAAGAGAAGAUGAAGAGGGACGCCGAAGCGCGCAAACUCAAGGAAAAACAAGAAAGAAUUCGAAUUGCAAAGGAACGUAGAUUGACACGGCGAGAUCCAUCGAAUCGUUUAGUAAAUGCGUUGGAAGACAAGUGGGAGAAUAUUAUACGUGAAGCUUUAGAUCGUGCGAGAAAGAACGGGAAUUUGCCAAUAACGGAAUCUCAGGGCGGCACUCCACUACACUAUAAGGAUUUUGGGACUCUACUCGGCAAAAACUCGUGGCUCAAUGAUGAGAUUAUCAACACUUAUAUUGAAUGGGUGGUGGAGGCUGCGAACGAGUUCGCUAAAGUAGAGGCAAAAGCUUUUGGUGAACCUGUUGGAAAGGUGCCAAAGUUCAUAGCACAUAACAGUUUCUUUUACGAAAACUUGGACAAGAAAGGGCCGAGCAGCACACAGCGCUUGAUGAAUAGGAAGAAAGCGCCUGGGGCUUCCUUGCUUCAAGUUGACACUGUGUUUGUUCCUAUCUGCAGAGGUAGUCAUUGGACUGUAGGGGUGGUGAGGCCGAUAGCUAGAACUAUCGAGUAUUUCGACAGUUUGCAAGGAUCUUCACACACAUUCACGAGGUUGAUGCGUGGAUGGUUGAAAUUUCAACUUGGUGCGGAAUACAAAGAAGAUGAAUGGAAGACACCAAAUACCGGAUGUACUCGACAGAUGAAUGGCUUUGAUUGUGGAGUAUUCGUCUGUACAAAUGCUCUCUGUGUCGCUCUGGGUGUCAAUACCGAUUGCUAUAAUGGGACGGAUAUGGCAAUUAUGAGAAGGAAUAUCGCUGCACUCUUAAUAAAUAAGGGUUUUCAAGGGGAUUUUGCUUGGGGCCUAGGGAUCCUAGUAGGAUGCAAUAGGUUAGGAUUAGAAAAUAAAUAA